AUGGCAUACAGCAACAACAGGAGUCUUUUCCACCCAGCCACGUUUUUCCUCAUUGGAAUCCCAGGUCUGGAAGAGGCCCAUGCCUGGAUCUCUCUGCCCUUCUGUUCUAUUUACCUUGUGGCUUUAAUGGGUAAUGCCACCAUUCUGAUAGUCAUCAAAACAGACCAUUCUCUACGGGAACCCAUGUUUUACUUUCUGUCCAUCCUUUCAUCCACUGAUUUGGCUCUAUCUACCACAUCUGUGCCCCACACACUGGGCAUCUUCUGGCUCAAUGCUCAUGAGAUUAACUUUGGAUGCUGUGUGGCUCAGAUGUAUUUGAUCCAUACCUUCACUGGUAUGGAGGCUGAAGUCCUUCUGGCCAUGUCCUUUGACCGUUAUGUGGCCAUCUGUGUCCCACUCCGUUACACAAGCAUCUUGACCCCUCGCGUGCUGUUGGUCAUUGGUAUGUUCAUUGUAAUACAUCCAGCAAUAACUGUAUGCCCUUUGAUUUAUCUGGUUUAUCGGCUACCCUUCUGCCAGGCUCAUGUAAUACCUCAUUCCUACUGUGAGCACAUGGGCAUUGCAAAGCUGUCCUGUGGAAACAUCCAAGUCAAUGCUGCCUAUGGGCUCUUUGUGGUGUCUGUCUUUCUUAUGGACCUGGUCCUAAUUGCCAUCUCAUAUUUCUAUAUUCUGCGUGCUGUGUUCCGCCUCCCAUCACAGGAUGCCCGGGUGAAAGCCCUCAGCACCUGUGGAUCCCAUGUUGCAGUUCUCUGUGUUUUCUAUAUCCCUUCAGUCUUCUCUUUCCUCACUCAUCGAUUUGGACAAAACAUUCCACACUACAUUCACAUCCUUGUUGCAAACCUCUAUUUGAUUAUUCCUCCUGCACUUACUCCCAUUAUUUAUGGUGUGAGGACCAAACAGAUACGAGAGCAUGUGUUCUAUGCAUGUACUAAAAAGUAG